UCUAGUUUUGUUGGUGAUUGUUGAUCAACAACUUGCAUUAUUUUUUACUGGAGUUAAUGAUGAUUAUUUAUUUUCAGUCAAAUAAAACGUAAUUUAAUUUAAAAUGGUGCUUCAGAAUUCAGGAAAAUAUAAACCGGAAGGAAAAGAAAGAUCAGGGAAUGAAGAUGCGUCUGAAUAUCGAUUGAGGCAGAGCUUAGAAAGUGAUAAGAUCGACUUUAAAUAUGGUUUUGACCGGAUUAAGGAUCAUCAAGAGAGGAUCGGCUUUCUCAUUAACAUGCAUGCUACUGAAAUCCUCGACGAGGACAAGCGUUUAAUAAGUGCCGUCGACUAUUAUUUCAUCCAGGAGGACGGGAGCAGAUUUAAAGCGUCUUUACCCUAUCAGCCGUACUUUCUCAUUUUAGUCAAAAAAGAAUGUAUACAAGAAGUGUCCGCUUACUUGACAAAAAGGUUUGCAGGGACGCUUCUCUCUGUGGAAUUAGUCAUCAAAGAAGAUUUGGAUUUGCCUAAUCAUUUGAUCGGUUUAAAGCAGAGGUAUUUGAAGUUAUUAUUCGCUACUGUGAGUGAUUUGAUCAAGGUGCGUCAAGUAAUUCGGCCAAGUGUUAAGAAAAAUCAAAACCGAGAAGCGAGCAAUACAUUUUACAAUGACAUGUUGGAGUCUGAGAUUAGAAACAAGAACAAUACAGGAGCUAGGAAACAUUCUGACCAUUUAGAAAGCAUUUUGGACAUUAGGGAGUUUGAUGUCCCUUAUCACGUCAGGGUGUCAAUCGAUAAUAAGAUAUUUGUAGGUCUUUGGUAUUCGAUUCAAAGCAGGGGUUCUAAUCUUCCUCCUAUCAUCACAAAAAGGGAUGAUAUUAUCGACCGACCAGAUUUGAUUGUUUUAGCAUACGACAUAGAAACUACAAAACUUCCUUUGAAGUUUCCUGAUGCUUCAGUCGAUCAGAUAAUGAUGAUUUCAUACAUGAUAGACGGUCAGGGCUACCUGAUAACCAACCGAGAGAUAAUUUCUUGUGAUGUCGAAGAUUUUGAAUACACACCAAAGCCGGAGUUUGAAGGCUUUUUUACUAUUUUUAAUGAACCAAAUGAGAUGGCCUUGAUCCAGAGAUUUUUCGAACACAUAAUGGAGAUCAGACCACACAUUUUUGUCACUUACAAUGGUGACGGUUUUGAUUGGCCGUUCGUUGAAGCGAGGGCAAAAUUUCAUGGAAUGACCAUGAAACAGGAAAUCGGUUUUUAUAAAGGGAAAGAUGGCAUUUAUUUAUGCCGGCCUGCCACACACAUGGAUUGUUUAUGUUGGGUGAAAAGAGAUUCAUACCUUCCAGUCGGAUCCCAUAAUCUAAAAGCUGUUGCUAAAGCUAAACUUCGGUAUGACCCAGUUGAACUGGACCCAGAAGAAAUGUGUAAAAUGGCAGUAGAACAGCCUCAGGUUUUGUCAAACUACUCUGUCUCUGAUGCAGUUGCUACGUAUUAUCUUUAUAUGAAAUACGUCCAUCCAUUUAUCUUCGCUUUAUGCACAAUCAUUCCAAUGGACCCUGAUGAAGUUUUAAGAAAAGGCUCAGGGACACUUUGCGAAUCACUUCUGAUGGUCGAAGCUUUUCAUGCCAACAUUGUCUUUCCAAAUAAAGAAGAAGCACAGUACAACAAACUGUCCUCUGAUGGCCAUGUCUUAGAUUCGGAAACUUAUGUGGGUGGACAUGUAGAAGCCCUAGAAUCAGGUGUAUUUCGUGCUGACAUACCUUGCCGUUUUAGAAUGGUACCUGAAGCGUUGAACAUGUUGAUAUCUAACGUAGACAAAGCGUUAAAACAUGCUAUAGAAGUAGAAGAAAACAUUCCUUUGAACACAGUUACCAAUUUUGACGAAAUUUCUGAAGACAUAAAAUCAAAAUUGAGUGAAUUGAGGGACACACCUUGUCGGAUGGAAAACCCGAUGAUAUACCAUUUGGAUGUUGGUGCUAUGUACCCAAAUAUAAUUUUAACAAAUCGGCUCCAGCCUUCUGCGAUGGUCAAUGAGAUGAUAUGUGCUGCUUGUGAUUUCAACAAACCUGGCGCUCUUUGCCAAAGGACCAUGGCUUGGAUGUGGAGAGGAGAUAUAAUGCCAGCAAGUAAAAGUGAAUUUCAUCGGAUUCAGCAGCAAUUGGAAAUUGAAAAGUUCCCCCCGGAAUUCCCAGGCGGGGCGCCCCGCGCGUUUCACAAUCUUUCAAAAGAAGAACAGGCAGCGGCUGAGAAAAAGCGUCUGACGGACUAUUGCCGUAAAGCUUAUAAAAAGACCAAAGUGACAAGGCUGGAAGAAAGGACGACAACAGUUUGCCAAAAAGAGAAUUCCUUUUAUGUCGACACUGUACGAGCUUUUCGAGAUAGGCGAUAUGAAUACAAAGGGUUGUGUAAAGUGGCCAAAAAACAAGUGUCAGAUGCUAUUUCUAAAGGAGAUGCCGGUGAAAUUAAGUCUGCGAAAAAUCGAGAGAUCCUUUAUGACUCCUUGCAACUUGCGCAUAAAUGUAUUUUGAAUUCAUUUUACGGUUACGUCAUGAGGAGAGGAGCCAGGUGGCACAGCAUGGAAAUGGCCGGCAUUGUAUGCUAUACCGGGGCCAACAUAAUCACAAAGGCCAGGGAAAUAAUAGAACAGGUCGGACGACCUUUGGAGCUCGACACGGACGGUAUUUGGUGUGUGUUGCCAGCGUCUUUUCCCGAAAAUUACACCGUCUGUUCGACCAAGCCUGGCAAGUCAAAAGUGACAAUCUCUUAUCCUAACGCUGUUUUAAACUCAAUGGUCAAAGAACACUUCACAAACCACGUUUACCAUGAGCUUGUGGACAAAGAAAAUAUAAAAUACGAAAUGAGAAGUGAAAACUCUGUAUUUUUUGAAGUUGAUGGACCGUAUCUGGCCAUGGUUUUACCAGCAUCCAAAGAAGAAGGGAAAAGACUUAAGAAGCGUUAUGCCGUUUUUAAUUUUGAUGGCAGUUUAGCAGAGUUGAAAGGAUUUGAAGUUAAAAGACGAGGAGAAUUACAGUUAAUUAAAAUUUUCCAGUCUUCUGUUUUUGAAGCAUUUUUAAAAGGAAACACUUUAGAAAAGUGUUAUGAAUCAGUUGCCAAAGUCGCAAAUUAUUGGUUGGAUGUUCUGUACAGUAAGGCUUGCAAUAUGCCAGAUUCUGAACUGUUUGAACUCAUCACUGAGAAUAAGUCCAUGAGCAGGAAGCUUGAAGAUUACGGGAAACAGAAAUCAACUUCGAUAAGCACGGCCAAAAGGUUGGCUGAAUUUCUCGGCGACCAAAUGGUCAAAGAUGCUGGCCUUGCUUGUAAAUAUGUCAUCGCGAGAAAACCAGAAGGCUCUCCUGUUACUGAAAGGGCGAUACCUUUAGCAAUUUUUCAAGCGGAAGAAGCUGUAAAAAGACACCAUUUACGUAAAUGGCUCAAAGAUAAUUCAAUAACUGAUUUUGAUAUAAGACAUAUACUUGAUUGGGAUUAUUAUAUUGAAAGGUUGGGCGGGGCGAUUCAAAAAAUCAUCACGAUUCCAGCCGCUAUGCAAGGGUUGUCUAAUCCAGUUCCAAGAGUAAGACAUCCCGAAUGGCUUCACAAGAAAAUGUUAGGAAAAACCGAUACUUUAAAGCAAAGAAAAAUUAAUGAACUGUUUGUAAAACUUCCACCAAAACAGGACAAUACAGAAACUGAGAUUGAAAAUACAGAAAUUGUUGAUAUUGAGGAUAUUGGAAAUGAUACUAGUCCAAAGUUAGGAAGGCCCAUAGUUCACACCAAUAAACGGAAACGUGAUCCAACACCUGAAAAGGCAGUAGUGUACAAAACCUGGAAGGAAGCUUUGGGUUCUCCUCCACCAUUUGGGACCACAAAAAUUGAAAGGCUCGAGUGGUUGAAGUUUCAAAAAAAGAAAUGGGCUUGGCAAAAGGAAGCGAGACAGUCACAAGAAGGCAGGACGAAAAAUUCCUCAACUUGUGUUAGUGAAAAGAGGUUGGCUAUGCAUAAUAUCAGAUCGUCUUCUCUCGGAGGGUUUUUACAAAAAGCCCAAAGAUCUUUAUUGAACACACCAUGGCAAAUUAUCCAGAUCAUGGAAACCAAUUCACCCGGCGUUUUAAAAGUGUGGGCCUUAGUUGGAAACGAGCUACAUCAAGUGCGAUUAAUCGUUCCUAGAACGUUUUAUGUGAACCAUCGCAUGGCCAAAGAAGAAGUGCCAGGAGUUUUUUUCAAAAAAUGCAACCGGUCCUUGCCACGCUCAAGACCGAGUUACUUCCUGUAUGAAUAUUCGGUACCUGAAGAAAUAUAUCAGGAACAUAGCAAUGAUUUGAUUGCGGACUUAUCAACCUCAGAUGUUGAAGGCAUAUAUGAAACUAAAGUCUCUAUUUUAUUUCGAGCGCUUUUAAAACUUGGAUGUGUCUGUGCUGUUGAUAAAAAUGAAAAACAGAGGUUAGCAAAUGCUCUUACAGAAAACAACACCUUUAUGCUUAAUCAUCUUGUGUUUAAAACCAUAGCACAUCAGCCGUAUUUGGAGGAGAGUGAAAUUAAUUUGAAACGCCUCUUCUUAUAUUACAAUAAAGCGCCUACUAGUUCGAAAGCGAUUGUUGCACUGUUUGUAACACCUUCAAAGCGAGCCGUUGUAGUAAUUGUCGAUUCAGUUAAAACAAACCAAAUGCCUAAUUUAACACAGGCCUACUUAGCUGAAAGGAAGGCCAGAUUGGACAAGGGUGAUGAAUCGUUACCCCCAAAAGAGAUUAAAUUUGAAGUGAAGUUUGAGACAGACUUGAAACUGGCAUUCAGGCAAAUUCAAGUCGCUCUUCAUAUUUAUAGGGACGAGAAAAAAGGACCAACAGUAUUAGCUGUGCAGACACAAAGAGAUAUUCACCAGUUGUCAAAUCUUCUCCCGGUGUUGAACGAUUGGCCAACGAUUCCAAUUUACGUGCAAGAUCGUGAAUCCAGCUUGUCGAGUUUAGAUUGGCAAAGGGUUGGUUCAAAGCUGAUGAUAAAGCACUACUUGAACUGUGAAGCAGCAAUCGCACUGCAGACAGAACAGUGCCGGUAUUUUCACCUGCCUUUAGGCAACGUCCCGCAAGAUGCUACGCUCUUUGCCUCUGAUUUAUUUUUCGCAAGGCAUCUCUUGAAAAACAACUUUGUACUUUGGUGUUCUGACAGUGACAGGCCAGAUCUCGGCGGUCGAGAAGCUGACGAUAACAGACUACUGACAGAUUUUGAGGAAAGUACUAGCACAGUCACCAACACGCCUGGUUCAUACACUUCCGUUUGCGUCGAACUUGAUAUUGACAGUUUGGCCGUUAAUACUUUGCUUCAAUCACACCACGUCCAUGAUAUUGAGGGGGUGUCUUCGAGCAUCGGUUUUGAUACAAUACCGCAAGCUUCAUUGCAGGAAAUGGUCGAGGGCCAGAUGCCACAGACGUCCUACGACGAAACAGCCCAAUGCUCCGGGGCGUUCAAAAUACUCAGGUUUAUGGUCAACUCUUGGCUCAGGGAUGUUUCCAUGCACAAAAAUAUUUUCGCUGACUUCCAAAUUGUCCACUUCUACAGAUGGCUACGUUCACCAAAUGCUUUACUUUAUGAUCCAGCCUUGAGAAGGACUCUUCAUAAUUUGAUGAAAAAAUUAUUUAUGCAGCUGGUUGCUGAAUUUAAAAGGCUCGGUUCAAUAAUUGUGUUUGCCAAUUUCAACAAAAUUAUAAUUUGCACUAAGAAAAGGACAGUCGAGGAUGCCAUAGGCUAUGUCGAGUUUGUUGUUAGCAGCAUAAGGAACAAGGAACUCUUUCACAGCAUUCAAAUGACUUACAGCCAAUGUUGGGAGUAUUUAAUUUGGCUCGAUCCUUCAAAUCAUGGCGGGGUAAAAGGCAAAUUACCAGAAGGCCUUGGAGACGUAGGAGAAGGAAAAGAGCAAACGAUGCGUUUAGAGAUGACUGACGACACGAUGAUGUCCUUGACAGAAGAUUAUUCAGAGUCAGAUGGACCUGAAGUUGUUAUGAAUUGGAAUUUGAGCGAGUAUCUUCCCGAGGAAGCUGGCGUUCAGUCACAUUUCACUACUAUAGUGGCCGGUUACAUAAGUGCUGUUUACCAAUACAUGAAUACAUCCGAACCCGUGUCGGCGACGCCAAAAAGGGUAUCAGCGCUUUCGAGCCAGAUGGCAACUCAAGCCAUACCGCUUGGAGUCGGCGCUCACCUUUCUACGGCUGAGUUCGCCAAAGCCCUCAUCAGCGGAGAUAUGACGCAAAAAUUGUUUUUAAUUACACAAAAAAUCCAGAAAAAACUACCUAUUUAUAAAUUGAAGGAAGAUGACAUUAUAAAUUUCACCCAGUUUCAUGCAGGAGCUCAUAAUGUUAUGAAACCUGCUUUGGAAUUUGUUAAAGCCAUCAGCAAGGUCUUAUCUUUGGAUUCGGCAGUGGAAGAUGAAGUUAGCAGUUUAAAAAGGAAUCUGCUUAGGUUGAUCAACACCGGGGAAUUUAGUAACGAUGCCGAAUGGCACGAUCCGUGUUCUUCCGUCAUUUUACCAGAAGUCAUCUGCAGAUCCUGCAAUCACUGCAGGGAUAUUGAUUUGUGUAAAGAUAACAACCGAGCGAUCGUUAAUGACAUGUAUUAUUGGCAAUGCCCAAUCUGCGAUACUAACUACGACAAUUUAGAAAUAGAAACAAUUCUGCUUGAUAUUGUGAACAGAAAGUCGAUGGCUUACAUACUCCAGGACCUGCAAUGCGUCAAAUGCCAUCAGAUCAAAAUGGAAAACAUGACUGAGCAUUGUACAUGCGCUGGUCAAUUCCAAACGCUCAUAAAUCGCCAGGAGCUUGGAAAAUAUCUAAAAACUUUCAAGGGGAUAGCCGUCAGCUUCAACAUGCCUCUGCUCCUCGAGUGCGUCAACUGGAUUCUUAAAAUGAACCCUUCAAUAUUCACUAAGUGAAUACAUUAUUGUUCUUGUUAUUGUUAUUGUUAUCGAUGUAUAUAUUUGUAUUACGUAUCCGCACUGUAUUAUAUUUUUGUAAUUAAGUUUUUAGUGUUAUGAUUUAAAUUAUAAAUCAAUAUCUGUAUUCAUGCAGCAUUUAAGUUAGUUUUAUUUUAUUAUUAUUUUUUUAAUCUUCCAGGAUACAAUGUGCUUACUAAACUAAGCUCCUAUUAAAUUGUUAAACUACAACUGGAUAGUUCAAGAAAAUGCAUAUGUUGUAUAUAAAUAGGGAGACUCAAUUUUUAUUUUAAAAAUUUAAUCUUAUACAAAAUGUUUCAAAAUGUACAUAAAUGUUACUUAUUUAAGUUGGUCUUCUAAGUCUUUAAAUUUUG